UUCAUUUUUACUUUCGCGGAAAGUAGAGAGAGAAUAGAAUCAAUCACAAAAAACGAGAGAGGAUUGAAGAAGAAAUCGCUGUGAAAUUUGUUCUUGCUGUUCUUCAGGAUAUCUUUUGCAUUAGGACCUUGAAAGAAUUUAGUCGUUGUAAGAGGAAUCAUCAUCAGAGAUGAUUUUAUAUAAAAAUUUAUGUGACAAAAAAGUGUCUGGCUCUGAUUUUUCUAUUCACACCAGAAACUUUUGAUAAAUAUCGGUAAAGAUUCCUCAGAUCUACAGUUGAAGUCAUUCACUGUUCUUGAGUUUUCGUUUCGGAAGGAGGUUUUGAUGCUGUUUUGGCUUUUGAUAUUGCGAAUACGAGGACUUGCUCUGUAACUACGCUCAUCUACGACAGUCUCGAGGUUUUCUCCUAUUUAUCUGAUAGCACCGUCUUGUGGACGUUGCAUGGAACAUGGAUGGGUUAAGAUGCACGACGUAUUACGGCCUCAAGGAAUUUAUCUGCAGUAGAAUUGACUCCUCUACUUUCUUGUGCAAAUUGGAAGCAAUUGUUGAGUAAUUGCCAUGGUCUGCGAGAUGGAGAAUGGUGUUAUUGAAGAUAUGGACAUUGAAGCGGUUCCUUCUAUGUGGCCUGAGGAUGUUGGACCAGACGUUAGAAAGCAGUUCAACGUAGAAAGGCCAGGAGCAGAUCAAGAUAUGUUGGAAGAAGUUAACAUAAUAGAGGAACCGACAAUUGUUGAUUUCAAGAGACUUAUAGAGUUAACUAACUAUACUGAGAAAGGUUCUUCACAACUACAAUACCUUGCAAAACAGUGGGAGUAUAAGCAAGCAAAUGCAGUGCGCCUCCUUAAAGAAGAACUUGACAUCCUAAGCAAGCAGAGGAAAGAAGUUGAGCUCAAGAAAUUGAAAAUAUUAGAGGAACAUCUUUUUGAGGAAGAAAGAUAUGCUGGUGAUAAACGUCCCAUUUCUAUUUUGGAAGAAUCAUGUGAUAUAUGGCAAGAUAUUCCAACGAGGAAAACUGAUUUCGUCUUUCAAAGCAAGAGAGUCGAAAUUGAUGCAGAGUAUGAUACAGUGACAUACUGGAAGCAACGAGCCAUGGAUCUGGAAAAAUUAUUGGAAGCAAGUCUACAGCGAGAGCAGAUGCUUGCUGAGAAGCUCAAGGAAAACAUAAAAAAUAUUGAAAAGCAGUCUUCACCAGUUGAGGAGUUGUCACAGAUUCUUAAAAGAGCCGACAAUUUUUUGCAUUUUGUUCUGCAGAAUGCACCUGUUGUUUUUGGUCAUCAGGACAAAGAGUUGCGGUACCGAUUUAUCUACAAUCAUUUUCCAAGUUUGCAAGAAGAGGAUAUUAUAGGAAGAACAGACGUCGAAAUUUUCAGUGGUGCUGGUGUUAAGGAAUCUCAAGACUUCAAGAAAGAAGUUCUGGAGAAAGGGUUGCCUGCAAAGAGGGAAAUUCAGUUUGAUACAGAGUUAUUUGGGCUGAAGACCUUUUUGAUUUAUGUUGAACCUGUCUUUAGCAAGGCUGGGGAGACAAUUGGAAUAAAUUAUAUGGGAAUGGACAUAACUGAUCAGGUUAAAAAACGAGAAAAGAUGGCAAAGCUCCGUGAGGAGAUUGCUGUACAAAAAGCCAAGGAAUCAGAGCUGAACAAAACAAUUCAUAUCACGGAGGAGACAAUGCGAGCAAAGCAAAUGCUAGCAACCAUGUCACAUGAAAUUAGAUCACCAUUGUCUGGAGUGGUUAGUAUGGCUGAGAUUCUGUCCACCACGAAACUUGAUCGGGAGCAACGACAUCUGUUAGAUGUUAUGCUAUCUUCAGGAGACUUGGUGCUUCAACUUAUAAACGAUAUCUUGGAUCUUUCUAAGGUUGAAUCAGGAGUAAUGAAGUUGGAAGCUACAAAAUUCCGUCCAAGAGAGGUUGUAAAACAUGUUCUACAGACUGCUGCCGCAUCAUUGCGAAAAUUCUUAGUUCUGGAGGGACGUAUAGCAGAUGAUGUCCCUAUAGAGGUCAUUGGAGAUGUUCUUAGGAUACGGCAAAUCCUCACCAACUUGAUCAGCAACGCAAUCAAGUUCACUCAUCAAGGGAAGGUUGGAAUUAACCUUUAUGUGUUACCCUAUCCACCCAUUGGGACAGGAGAAGAAUGCCACAAGAAAUCAACGGCUGAUAACUUGACAGUUCCAGUAAAUUCUUUGCAAGAUGGAACAUGUCUUCUAGCCUCUCAGAAUGGCUUGUGUGGCCAAAAACACAGCGACAGAAAUCAUUUGCAUUGUGAUGGACCAGGCACCCCAAGCAAGAGUGAAACCACAAUGAAUGGAAACAGAGAAAACAAAUCGUGUUCAUCCGAAACGACGGUAUGGAUACGCUGUGAUGUGUAUGACACAGGAAUUGGAAUACCAGAAAAUGCGCUACCAACCCUUUUUAAGAGGUACAUGCAAGCCAGUGCCGAUCAUGCUCGAAAGUAUGGAGGGACUGGACUUGGGUUGGCAAUAUGCAAACAGCUGGUCGAAUUGAUGGGUGGUCAUCUCACCGUUUCCAGCCGAGAGAACCAUGGAUCUACAUUUACAUUUGUAUUGCCAUACAAGGUUUCAAGCACCUGCAGUUCUGCGGACGAUUCAGACGAGAUCUCGGAUGACGAAUCUACAAACGACGAAAUGACUGAGGGCUUUUUCCAAUUCCAACCCCACAGUUUCAGUACGCUAUCAUCUUCUAAUGGAUCCACAAGGAUCCCAAACUCAUUGUUGCAUACAACUGGGUAUCCCACCUCAACCAAACUCAAUGGAUUAACUGAAGGUGAACCUUAUCCUAUUCCCUCAAACAACAUCGAUGUCGUAACCUCAAGCAAAUCACAAUGUUCAUCAAGUCAUGUAAACCCAAAUCUUGAUAACCAAAACCAACCAGAAUCAAAUGCUCGGUUGCAAAAUGUGGGCGAUGUGAAUUCCCUGCCCAAAUCAGAAACAACAAAGUUGGAAGAUAGAUUGGAAAAACAAAGUAAUAAACUUCAAAAAACGGAACAGGGGAAAGAGAGAUCCGAGGCAAGUAACCACUGCAGAAAUAGCAGUAGUGGUCCUGAAGUAACAUUGGCAUUGGAACCCAGAAUUCUUCUUGUUGAGGAUAAUAAGACCAAUAUUAUGGUGACUCAAUCCAUGAUGAAGAAGUUCGGGCAAAAAAUUGACGUUGUAACUAACGGCAUUGAAGCUGUUCGAGCAGUUCAACGACGUUCUUACGAUCUCAUCCUCAUGGAUGUAUUCAUGCCAGUUAUGGAUGGGCUUGAAGCUACAAGGUUAAUUCGUUCUUUUGAGGAAACAGGCAGCUGGGAAGCAGCUGUAAACGCUGGAAUAAUUCACCACCCAACUACACCUUAUUGGAAUCCCACCUCAUCCUCCCGCAACAGGAUGCCCAUCAUCGCUAUGACGGCGAAUUCAAUGUCAGAAAGCGCAGAAGAGUGUUAUGAAAACGGGAUGGACUCGUUCGUAUCAAAGCCAAUCACCUUCCAGAAGUUGAAAGAAUGUCUUGAACGAUAUUUGCCACAACCACCUUUGUAAAUUGUGUAAUGCUUUUGUUUGAGAGAAGGUAAAUGGGUAGAAGAAGAAGAAGAAGAAGAAGAAUCAGAGUUCAGUAGGAAAGUUUUGUAAUCUUCCUUUUCCCUCUUUUUUUUUUUUGUGGGUAAAGUAAUGUAAUCACUGUAACAUAAUGUUCUCUUACUCAAUUUGUAAAUUGUACAGAAGAAGAAAGCUGUUGUUCUUUCUCAGAGCAAAUUUGUAAUAAAGUUUUCACAUUUUGCUUUUGUGAGACUCACACCUAAACCAAAGCCACACAGCUUUCUUUCUUUUUGUUCCCUUAAUAAUAAUAAUUGGUGGCCAAUCGAGCUAC